GCGGGAGGCGGGCGGAGGGGCUGCUCGGCGCGGCGUUCCCGCCGCGGUCGCCCCGCUGCGCCCCCGCUCCGCCAUGAGCACCGCCCCCGCCUAGCCCCGCCCGGGGCCCGCCUCCGCCUCGCCUCGCCCCGGGAUCGCCCCGCCGCCGCCGCCACCAGCAGCAGCAGCGGAGGCAGCGGCGCGCCCCGCGGCAGGGGAAGAUGAAGGUGACCGUGGACUUCGAAGAGUGCCUGAAGGACUCGCCGCGCUUCAGGGCAGCUUUAGAAGAAGUAGAAGGAGAUGUGACAGAACUGGAACUGAAACUUGACAAGCUGGUGAAGCUUUGUAUUGCAAUGAUUGAUACUGGGAAAGCAUUCUGUACAGCCAACAAGCAGUUCAUGAAUGGAAUUCGAGACCUUGCACAAUAUUCCUGUAAAGAUGCAUUGGUUGAGACCAGCUUGAUGAAGUUCUCAGACACCUUACAGGAAAUGAUCAAUUAUCACAAUAUCCUGUUUGACCAAACCCAAAGAUCAAUUAAAGCACAGCUUCAGACUUUCGUUAAAGAAGAUAUUAGGAAAUUUAAAGAUGCAAAGAAACAGUUUGAAAAAGUUAGUGAAGAAAAAGAGAAUGCUCUAGUAAAAAAUGCCCAAGUUCAAAGAAAUAAACAACAUGAAGUAGAGGAAGCAACCAAUAUUUUGACUGCAACACGGAAAUGUUUUCGACACAUAGCUCUGGAUUAUGUUCUUCAGAUCAAUGUUCUUCAGUCUAAAAGGAGAGCAGAAAUCUUAAAAUCGAUGCUAUCGUUUAUGUAUGCCCAUCUGGCUUUUUUCCAUCAAGGCUAUGAUCUUUUUAGUGAACUUGAACCCUACAUGAAAGAUCUUGGUGCACAGCUGGAUCAGUUGGCUGUAGAUGCUGCAAAGGAGAAGAGAGAUAUGGAGCAAAAGCACUCCACUAUUCAACAAAAGGCUGCUUUACAGGAUUAUUCCAGUGAUGAUACUAAACUAGAAUACAAUGUAGAUGCAGCCAAUGGUAUUGUUAUGGAAGGUUAUCUAUUUAAGCGAGCCAGCAAUGCCUUCAAGACUUGGAACAGGAAAAAGCCAGAUCACAUCAGGCGCUGGUUCUCAAUACAAAAUAACCAACUUGUGUACCAGAAGAAAUUUAAGGAUAAUCCCACAGUAGUUGUUGAAGACUUGCGGCUUUGCACGGUUAAACACUGUGAAGACAUAGAAAGACGUUUCUGUUUUGAGGUGGUUUCUCCAACAAAAAGCUGCAUGCUUCAGGCUGACUCAGAAAAGCUGCGGCAGGCAUGGAUUAAGGCUGUUCAGACGAGUAUUGCUACAGCAUAUAGAGAGAAAGGGGAUGAAGCUGAGAAACAGGAAAAGAAAUCAUCUCCUUCUACUGGAAGCCUAGAAUCUGGGAGUGAGACAAAAGAGAAGUUGUUAAAGGGAGAAAGUGCUCUGCAGCGAGUUCAGUGUAUUCCUGGUAAUGCUGCCUGCUGUGACUGUGGUUUGGCAGAUCCUCGCUGGGCCAGUAUCAACCUGGGAAUCACGCUGUGCAUCGAGUGCUCUGGGAUACACAGGAGCUUGGGAGUCCACUUUUCAAAAGUACGAUCUUUAACGCUGGAUUCAUGGGAACCUGAACUUCUAAAGCUUAUGUGUGAAUUGGGAAAUGAUGUUAUAAAUAGAAUAUAUGAAGCAAAGUUGGAAAAAGUGGGAGUAAAGAAGCCGCAACCUGGAAGCCAAAGGCAGGAGAAGGAGGCAUACAUCAGAGCAAAAUACGUGGAAAGAAAGUUUGUAGAGAAGCAGCCUGCAUCAAUAUCUCUGCUUGAAUCAGGAACAAAAAUUUUGCCUCAAAGUCAGGAAGAGAAAAGGCACAGUGGCCCUGAAAAAUCCCUUUUGUCAGGGGAACAAGGUGCGGCACCUCAAAAAGCGGUUGCUGUAAGUAGCGACGAGGCGAGGCGGGAGUCUCUGUUCUGUCCUGAUGAACUAGAUUCACUCUUCUCCUACUUUGAUACCUCUUCAAAACUACGUAGUAUACGAAGUAGUGACAGUGGGAUCCAGCAGAGUGCUGAUGACAGCAGAGAACACCUUGCCUCUACUAUAUCAGUUAACAGUCUGUAUGAACCAGAAGGAGAGAAGCAAGAGUCUUCUGUGUUCUGCGACUCCAAACAGCCUAGUCCAGGAUUACAGCUGUAUCGAGCUGCCUUUGAGAAGAAUCUUCCUGAUAUGGCAGAAGCAUUGGCCCAUGGAGCUGAAGUAAACUGGGUCAAUGUAGAAGAAAACAAAGCAACACCACUCAUUCAGGCAGUGCGAGGGGGUUCACUGGUUACUUGUGAAUUUUUGCUGCAGAACGGGGCCAAUGUGAACAUCAGAGACAUGAAGGGAAGAGGACCGCUGCACCAUGCCACAGUUUUAGGACACACUGGACAAGUGUGUUUAUUCCUAAAACGAGGAGCAAACCAGCAUGCCACUGAUGAAGAUGGGAAAGAUCCAUUGAGUAUAGCAGUAGAAGCUGCAAAUGCAGAUAUUGUAACAUUGUUGCGUUUAGCAAGGAUGAAUGAAGAAAUGCGUGAAUCAGAAGGACUCUAUGGACAGCCAGGAGAUGAAAUCUAUCAGGACAUUUUCCGUGACUUUUCUCAAAUGGCAUCAAAUAAUCCAGAGAAGUUAAACCGUUUCCAGCAGUCAGAUUCUCAGAAGUCUUAAGUGUCAAGAAGGAAAAGAACCUGAUCCUUAUAGUGCAAGUCUUUUUUACUUUAACAGAAUGAAUUAUAUGCAUUUUGUUAGAUAGUUUGGAUAAAAUGACCACCCUAAUGUAACCUUAGAUUGUGGUAGCUGGGGAAAUGUAUGAGUUGUUUUAUGUUCUACAGUACGUAUACCUCAGCAGCUGAAGAAAAUGUUUAAAAAAGUGAAUACCUGCUAGCUCAGCAUAGAAAGUGCCUGUUAGUAAGUACGAAGUUUGUCUGCGGUUUGUACAUGAAGUUAGCAGCGAGGAGCUGUAUGUGUCACAGACUCCGGAUGGCAGGAUGAUCAGACCAGCUUUCCUAUAUAGUACCACCUACUGUCAUCCAUCUCCCUGUUGCCAUAAAUAAUGUGCCUCUGACAAAAAGGUCUGGGUUGCAUUUUCUGGGACUGUUUGGAAGAGAAAUCAGGUAAUGACUUACUGAGUUGUCCUUCUAUUUGUGGGCCUGUAACUUAACAGAUUCUCUUGUUCCUACGCUGACUCUGGUUAGAGGUAGGCUGUUAGUAACAAGACAUGGUAUAACUCCUGCUCUUUUGCAAGCUCUUUCACAGUGGAAGCUUUAACACCAGGCUGGCCUUUAUGCUAGUGACUGCGGGUCAGUCACAUCAGAUAUAUGUCCUGGAGGACCAAACUUCUAAGAGCAAUCUAUUUUCCUUUUUUCCUCUUAAAUUAAACUUUCUGUGCAGCAAGUAUACUUUUAAAUGAGCUUGUGGAACCUUUCAUAAAAAAUAAAACCUAAUCCUUCUGGACACGAUGUGGGAUUUGUUUGUAGUACUUUGACAUCAAAACUUGAAAUUUGAGGCUUGAAAGUAAAUAUUGAGCCAAUGGAGUUUGUGUAGAACAGUCAUAUGAAGGCUGUUUGUUACCUUUUCUCUUUGCUGUUCUCACCACUAGCCCUAAGCUGAAUAUAUAAAAUCUCCUAUGUUAUGCAGCCACACUAAAUUGAGGGCAAUCUUUUUUAUCAGGAAGCAGUAUCCUUUAUAUAAUCUGCAAAGAUGUGUAUAUAUACGUGUUGUCUAAACUAAGGCAUGCACAAGAAAACCUAGGAAUUUCACUGCGCAUUUUUGAAAAGUAACGGAUGAGCAUAGUCUCCAGCUGUAUUCUUAGGGCAGCAACACAAUUUACUUUAUAGUGAUCUCAGCUCUGCUGAUGUGCAUGCAUAAAUGGUGUCUGUAGAUACAUGCUUCUGUGUCACGUUAUUAAAUACUCAGAUAUAGUAAUCACCUGAAGCCCCAAAACAGCAGAUGCAAUUCUUUAUGCUCUAUUUUUCUGUCCUGUGGACAACUUAAGGAGAAUUUUUAGGUAACAGUGUCAGUGUGAGUUCUUAAUAAUCCUAAUAGCCAUGCUAACCUGCUCUUUAAAUGUAUUUACGAAAUUAAUUGGCCUUUCUCCAAGCUGGCUAAGAUAAGCAAAAUUGGGUAAAAAAAAAAAAAAGUUCUGUAAACUAUGGUAAAAUGAAACUUUAUAGCACAUUAAAAUUUAAGAAGGUAUUUCAGUUAUUUAUCAUUUUGCAUCAAAUGUAUAAUGAUGCAUCAAAUGUGGAUGAUUAUUGCUGCAAAGUUAAUAGCAUUUUAGAAUUAUUCAACAGAUUCUUUUUCCAAGCAGAAGAAUCUUACAAAACAGUUCUUGCUUCAUGUGUGGUCUAGUUAUGCUAGGAAAAGCAGAUUCUGCCCAUUUAAAGAGGGCAGUUAGCCUGGAUAGUAAGAAAUACGGGAAUAUCACCUGUAAGCAGUAAUUUCUAGUAAAUUGUUUUUUAAAUAGCUGUCUAUGAAAUUAUAAUAUACUUCCUAAUCUGCAGUAGUUAACAGCAGUGGAUGUUUUAGUAGAUCUUAGAGAAACUAAAAUUCCCAGUGUACAGGCGGGACGAUGUAAGAUAUGAUUAUGUAUAGUAUACACUUUAGAUAUAGGUUUUUAUAAAGACUUGUCUUUUGCAGCCUACGUGACAGGCAGUAUAUAGUGUGAUUGUCUGUAAUAUAAAGCUAUGUAAAGCUUAAUGGCAUAAUCACUCUCUCAGUCCAUGCUGCUGGAAAAAUGUCUCCGACACUUACUUCAAAUCUCCACUGGUAUUUUCCUUCCCAGCCACAAAAAUCUCUGUGACAAAUUUUGCAGGACAAUUUCUUGUAGAUGAAAAAAGUUUCUUCCCUGUAACUCUGCAGAUCCAUGUGCUGCAUUCCUGACUCUCAUCUGUCUGGGAAGCACUAACAGUCUAUUUAUGCUAAAGGUUUAGUAACACACCUGAUCCACAGCUGGUGUUACUCUUGUCAGGAGCUCUAGAGUUUUAGUGGUUCAGAGAGUAGGUAUGUCAUUUCUGAUCCUGCAGCCUCGCUCCCCAAUCCUUGUAGGUACACUAGGGAUAUCCAGUACAAAUUGCAUUAAUUUAAAGCUUUUUUUCAGGUCACGUGCAAUACAUGUGUUUAAUAUGUUGCUCAUCAGCCAAAAUUAAUAUGCCAUUAAGUUACAUGAAAUAUAUUGAGGGCUUAGUCCUACCAGACACUGGCAGGCUCAGUGCUCCAGGGCCUUUGUAACUCUCAGGAUUCAGCCCUCAGUAAUACCAUUACGGCCAGGGCUCCGCAGAUCUAGAUUCCAUAUCAAGUUCUGACUCAAGUGCUAAUCUUCUGCUCAGUAAUAUUAGGAAACUUGCAUUUUUAUUGCAGUAUGGAUCAUUAAUAUAACUGGAAUAGUAGACAGUAAGGCCCCAAUGUGGGUUAACAUCUUGUACUCUGUGCCAGAAAAUGGAAAGCUUCAAUUCCAGUUCAUGUUUCCUCUGUAGGUAUGAAAUAUAGUAGGUGUUAUUCGGUGAUGUACAAAGCAAGAGUUUCCUAACACAGCUUAAAAUCAGCUUUCACAUGGAUUUGUAGUAACUAGAUAGCCCACUGAAAAAAUUUUAUAUUUUUCCUAGCCAGAGUUAGAUCAUGUGUUCAAAAAGUCUCUUGGAAAGACAAAUGUCGAGGAGCUCAUCAUAUAUUCUAAUGCAUCUUGAUUUCAGAGAUGUAAUUUAAUUACGUUGCAUGUUGAUUAAAAUGGUGUCUGUGGUGUCUC